UCCGUCCCCGCCUGGCAGCAGGAGCCCGGGCUGGGGGACGCUGCCUGCGGCUGAGGGCAGCGCCGCGCCGCCCGCCCCGCCACCCCGGCCCCCGAGCCUUUCGCCAGCCCCCCCGCCACCUUCUCCGCGCCCCAAAAUGCAGCGCCGCCUCUGCGCCCUGCUCCUGCUGGCGUCCCACUGCAUGGGCUCGGCCGCCGGGAUCUUCCCCUUCGGGGAGCCCGACUUCUCCUACAAGCGCUCCAAUUGUAAGCCCAUCCCUGCCCCGAUGCUGCUGUGCCGGGGUAUCGAGUACCAGAGCAUGCGGCUACCGAACCUCCUGGGGCAUGAGACGGUGCAGGAGGUGCUAGAGCAGGCCUCCACCUGGAUCCCGCUGGUGCAGAAGCAGUGCCACCCCGACACCAGGAAGUUCCUCUGCUCCCUCUUUGCCCCCGUCUGCAUCGACGACCUGGACGAGAUCAUUCAGCCCUGCCACUCGCUUUGCGAGGAAGUGAAGGAGAGCUGCGCCCCAGUGAUGUCCGCCUUCGGCUUCCCCUGGCCCGACAUGCUGGACUGCAGCCGCUUCCCCAAGGACAACGAUCUCUGCAUCCCGCUGGCCAGCAGCGACCACAUCCUCCCCGUCACCAGGGAAGCACCCAAGGUCUGUGAUGCCUGCAAAAACAAAAAUGAAGAUGAUAAUGACAUCGUGGAAAACCUCUGCAAAAACGACUUUGCCUUGAAGAUAAAAGUGAAGGAGAUUGCCUACAUCAAUGGGGAUACCAAGAUCACCCCCGAAACAAAGAGCAAAACCAUCUACAAGCUGAAUGGGCUGACAGAAAGGGAUCUGAGGAAGAUAGUGCUCUGGCUCAAAGGUGGCCUCCAGUGUACCUGCGAUGAGAUGAACGACAUCAACGUCCCGUACUUGGUGAUGGGGCAGAAGCAAGCUGGGGAACUAGUGAUCACCUCGCUGAAGCGGUGGCAGAAAGGGCAGCGGGCUUUCAAGCGGUUCUCCCGCAGCAUCCGCAAACUACAGUGUUAGUGGCUUAACCUCUGGCUGUCUCCAGCAGCCGCCUCUGUCCCAAGCUCUCUGAGCCCCCCGCACCUUCCUGCUUUGGCUCCUCUGAGCCUCGAGAUGCCAUUGGGCACAAGGCACAGUGACCGCUCUCUGAGAGGGGGGGAACCCCUCCGUUUUUGUACAUAAGUUAAAAUGUAAUAAUAAUAAAAAUAAUUAAAAAAAAAGACUAUUUUUGGGAAGUAUUACAGUCUCUUGCUUAAAGCUUGAGAUUUUUAUGGUUGUUCUGAAGUUUUUCUCUCUUCAUUUUGGUAAUGCUGGUUCAUUUAUAUUGCAGCUUCUCUGUAUAUGUGCAUGUUUGUUUUGCAAAAGUAGGAGAUGCAGAGAAAGACAGCCACGUGUGUGACUGGCCUGUCACGGUGGGUGCGACUCUUUCACUGAGGUGAAAUCGCUUGCCAUCUGUAUUAACACUAUAAAGGUCACAUUACGACUCUUGCAUGCAAUACAUAGGCACCCGUAAGAGUAUAUUAACCAUUCUCACAUUUUAUUUUCCACAAGUCUGAGCCCUUCUUUCUCAGAAAAAAAAAGUUUUGGAGCUGGUGGAUCUGAAUGCAACUUUUUUAUUGUUAUUAUUACUUUGCAAAUUAAACCAUCUGUAGCCUGACUGUAAUAUACCUAGUGGUUAACCCAAAAGAGUUGUAAAAUAUUGCUUUAAUUAACCUUGUAAAUACUCCAGAUGAAUGUUAUAUUCUUGUAUAUAAACUUUACAUCACAGUUUA